GCUGCAUACAAAUUGACCAACCCAGUCUUCUUGAUCCAAGACCCAGUCUGUGUCUUUGCCAACUGGAAGAGUCAUGGAUACGAUGAUCUGGGUGCUUUCAUCGUCUGCUAUAAAGAAUUCCAUCAGAUGAUUAAGGAUACUUCUGCUUCCAAGAUUAUUGUCUAUGAACAACUCAUCCCCGACACCAAAGGGACUAUCGCCAGUCUAUAUGAUCACUGGGGCAUUCAACCCCCCCAACACCAUAUUCACUACACCAACAACAACCCACUCGAGAACGAUACAUCCCACAUGCAUCUCUCCACUCUUGAAAUAGAACAGAUCGAAAACCAACUCGGCACUCUCUACCUCAAAUCAUGCAGCCCAUACCUAUCCACCAUUCGAUCCGCUCUAUCAUCCAAAACCUGGUUCGGGUUCGACCUCGACGACACACUGCAUGAAUUCCGCAAAGCGUCUUCCCACGCAUCCUCCUCCGUCUUUGAGGCAAUCCACCAAGAAUCCAAUAUCAGCAUCGAUACCCUUAAAGCAACCUACGCCGAUAUCCUCCGUUCCAAGACCGCGAGUGCCUUUUCCGACGGACGAACCUCAACAGAGUAUCGCAGAGAACGAUUCUCCUGUCUCCUCCAAAUACAUAACCUACACACCACAGAAGAACGACUAUUCCGUCUUCUAUCCAUAUAUCAAGCAUCCCUCCAAACGGCCCUAACACGCAAACCACACGCCUUCACUCUCCUCGAAAAGAUAAAAGCCCUCAAUAAGAACGUAAUAGUCGUAACAGAAGGUCCGCAAGACUCACAAGAAUGGACUGUGGAGCAACUCGGACUACGCCCGUACAUUGACAUCAUCGUUACAACGAAUGAGGUUGGAAAGGCCAAGGUUGAUGGUCUGUUUUCUGUUGUGUUGGAGAAGUACCAUAUCUCGGCGCGAGAUAUCGUCUAUGUUGGUGAUAACGCUGUGCGUGAUAUUCUUCCUGCUCAGGAGGUGGGUAUACUAGCUGUGCUUUAUGAUGAGAAGCGUGAUUGUCGGUUUGAUGAUCCUGGAGUGUUUCGUGUUAAUUCGUUGGGAAAACUGGUAGGUUUGAUAGAGUAG